AUGGAGUACAAACAGCGGAACAAUAGUGUAGGCCUGUUCCAGUACCGCAUACAGUAUUACAGAGAUUACGACGAAGGUACUCUGCAGCCCGCCGACGGCAGUUGCAUCUAUUUGAAGGAGCUUGACCACUUUCGCAACAAAGCCAAAAUACCGUCCGAUCACGCGAGAAGUAACCGGAAGCUACCGCUAUGUUAUCCGGUGACGGAAAUCCAACCAAAGACCAUCGCGACAGAUCCUACGCCGAGUCCGGUCAAGGAAAGCGUAAACAUGACCGUUAGUGCUUUGCCAGGAUCAGUGAAAUUAGAAGGGUGGGGUCCGGAGAAGAAGGUGGCCAUCGAGAAAACGGAAAAGUCAUCCUUCGGUUUUAGUAUCGUCGGUGGCAAGGUCAACGUUGGAGGCGACGUUACGUCCGGACUGUUCAUCAAAAGUAUCAUUCCGGAUAGUCCAGCUGAUAAGUGUGGGGAACUGAGGAUCGGAGAUCGAAUACUGGCUGUGAACGAGAACAGUCUGGAAAAUGCCUCGCAUGAGAAGGCUGUCAAUUAUAUCAAAACUGCCAACGAUCGUAUCGUCCUAGUGGUGCAGAGCCUGGAGCGCAACGUAACAGAAACAAACCCAAUGGUGCUGCAGAAAAGGGUUCCUCCUCCGAUAACCCCUUCGAAGACGCCGGAGGUGGAAUAUAUUCAAGAUGGAAAACCGAAACAAGAGAAAGCAAACACCCCGGAAGAUAAUAAAACUGUACCCGUCACGAAAGCUCGGCAAGAAUCUACAGAAUCCGAAAACUCUUCCGAUGACGAGGAUGAUAGCCGAGAGCUUGAAGGAAAAACAUUCACCGCAGCCGGAGUUGAGAUCGACCGUGCUUCCGCCGGCAACACUAAACUCGGAGAAGCGGAUACGGAAGAGGAGGAUGACUUUGGCUAUACGAUGAAAAAGAUCAAAAAGCGCUACGCGGGACUAGGAGAAGUGGAUUGCUGUACCAUCAUGCGGGAUGCCAAUGAAACGUGUGGACUUUCGCUGUGUGGCCAUCGCGAUCGUACCCGGAUGGCAUGCUUGAUCGCUGGCAUCAACCCGAAAGGAGCCGCCGCGGGAACAUCUCUCACGGUGGGCGAUGAAGUGCUGGAGGUUAAUGGCACUGUGGUACACGGACGUUGCCAUCUGAACUGUUCAGUGAUCAUCAAAAAUCUUGUCAAUCCGACGGUAAAGUUCAUUGUGCUAAGGAAAAAGGCAGCUAUGGACGAGCUGGCCGUGAAACCUGUUAAGCAUUUCCCGACCGAUUUUGACUAUACCGAUAAUAUACUGGAGAAAUUCAAGGAUGUCAAAACAAUCACAGUGAAAAAGGGAACAUCGAGCUUGGGCAUCAUGAUCAUUGAGGGCAAACACUCGAUCGCCGGCCAAGGCAUAUUCAUUUCGGACAUCCAGGAAGGCUCGACGGCAGAAAAGAGUGGCCUAAAGAUCGGUGACAUGUUGCUUGCCGUCAACAGGGACUCGCUGCUCGGCUGCAACUACGAAACGGCCGCCGGAUUGCUGAAGAAAGCGGAAGGUGUUAUCACGCUGAAGAUAUGCAACCCGAACAAGGAGAAGGAAUCGGACAAAAAGGCCAACGGUGAGGCAGGAGGCGCCGCUGCCGGUCCCGCCGGUGCCACACCGAACAAGAAAAAGGCAGAAGAAACGGCAACGCUUUCGACGAGCCGUGCCGGUACGCCACACGGUGGUAAGCCAGAAGCUUCCCCAACGAAGGAAGUGGUCGAUCCAUUGAAAGCAUCGAUCAGCGACAACGAACUGACGGUGAUUGAUAUUAUGGCCGAAGGGAAACCGUUGGGUAUCGUGGUGGCAGGAGGAUGCGAUUCAUUGGUAAAAUCCGGCGCCGCGAUUGUAGACAUCCUACCGCAGAGUGUGGUAGAAAAAGAUGGUCGGUUGCAAAUAUUAGACCAAAUUGUUGAAAUCAACGGAUACAAGAUCAACAACACGUCCACCAACGAGGCCAUUAAGCGUGCAGUCAAACAAUUGCAUCCAAAGGUCCGGAUGAUCGUAUACCGUGCUAACCCCCCCACGACCGAAACGGUCGAGGUGGACAUGAUGAAAAAAUCUGGCAAAAAUCUCGGCCUCAUGUUCCGCGCCGGAAAUCCCAAGGGAAUCGUUAUUACUGGACUGGUCCCGGGUGGAUCGGCCGAGUUCGAUGGACGCAUUCAAAUUGGAGACAUUGUGUCGCAAAUCAACGGCGAAAGCCUGGAAGGCGGCGCAAUUGAUCAGUGCGCCUCGUUGCUGAAAACGGCUCAGGGCAAGGUUGGGCUUCGCAUUUUGAGACCAAAGCUGAAGGAACGCGCCGUCUAAAUGCCAAAGGUUUUGUGUAAAAAAGAACAUACCACCUAUCCAGGAGGUAGAAGGAAUUUAGCAAAAGAGAUUUGUACAUAAAAUUGAAUGCUUGCAGCAAUAUGCUCACCCCACUCACACGUACACUAUUGAUAUUUUUAGCCAAAUAAAUAUUCUGUUA